UGGGCUUCCUACAUCUGGGGCCUGGGGGGCUUGGAGACAUUUUGUGAGGUUCCCAGGAGGGAGACCAUCAGGCUGGGCUUCCUACAUCUGGGGCCUGGGGGGCUUGGAGCCAUUUUGUGAGGUUCCCGGGUGGGAGACCAUCAGGCAACUCAUCCUGCAUUGGGCACCUUGGAGGCUAAAGUCCUAAUUUGUGGUUCCUGGGGUCCGUCAGAGGGCUCUUCCUGCUCCCUGGAAUUGGGAGCCUGGAGCCGUUUUAUGACCUGACUAGAAGGGUGAAGGCCAUGCCGUGUUUUCUGAGUGGAGGGGAGCAGUUUCUGGGUCAUCAGAGGCCCCUUUAGAAGAGAAAGUUGUCAAACAUGCUAGUGUUGACCCUUUGCUUAGCUUUGGAGUUGGCCUUAACUUUGGAGUUGGCUAGGAGCAAGUUCAAGAGUUGCCUAGACAGAAGCUCCUCCCAUUUCCAUGGUGAAGGUCAGUUGGGAGAGUAGACAGGGGAAGAAGCUCCAGAGAGAGGGGCCUACAGAGUUUCUACUGUGUCCCGGUAGUGAGCACUGCAACAAAUGAGGGCCCAGUUGCCCUAAAAACAUUGAACUAAGUCAGUCACUGUAGACAAAGGAGCGAUGUUUUUCUCCUCUUUGGUUUGUUGUUCUGUUUCUUGAGACAGGGUUCCUUGGUGUGAGAUUGGGCUGUCCUGGAACCAGCUGUGUCGACCAGGCUGGCCUCGAAGUCAGUGAGGUCUGCCUGCCUCAGCCUCGCUAGUGUCGAGAUAAAAGGCUUGUGCCACCACCUCCGCUCCUCUCAAAGGAGUGACUUAUAAGGGGACCGGUUAACCUGACAGUGGCUUUGCAUUCAGCUUGUCUGCGGGACCCUGCUGGACUGAAGAAACGCGCUCUGCCUAGAAGGUACCCAGAUGGUAUUUCCACUGUGGUGCACCUGAAGGAAUUCACCUGUUUCCCCUCCUUCCUCUUGUAUGUGAUGUGCCUUUCCUUCUAUUGCACUCUGUGAAGGAGGAGGGGGAUUUGUCCUGGGGUAAGGCCUCAGAGAUGUAGUGGGAAGGAUCCAGGGCCACCAAGGGGAAACAGUCAGACCUCUGAUAUAAGACAUACAAAAGCAGCCCUUGCUGUCAGCACAGACUAGGCCAACUGUGGAAUGCAGGUAUCACCUCUGACUUGGGGUUGAGGGGAUGAGGUGGAGGCUCACAGGUGGCUUGGACCUGAAAGAUGGAUCUGAGAGUCGGGAAGGGCGUUGUGAGGAACAAGGAGGAAGGAAACUUCAGAAUGUGUGAGAAAAUGCAGGGCCUGCCCCCUUUGCCCAUCUUGAGCAGUAGGGGCCCUGGCAUAUCCAGAGUGGAGACAAAUUCACUUCUAUGUCCUUUCUCAAGACUGUGAGCCUUUUCAGCAUCGGGGACCACCACAGCCCAGAGGGGAGCAGGCCUGAUCGCCAGAGGUGAUAUCCAUUUUCCAUCAGGACUCCAGGGUUGAUAUCAGAUCAGCAGUGGCAGCCACGUCUAGAGAGCAGCGGGAUUCUGCAGAGUGUGGGCCUCCCCCUGAGGACUGAAUCUGAAGGGAAGAGCCAGAGGACCUCACUGGCUGGGCAUAGUCUCUUGCCUUGAAGACGUGGGACCCAGGGGUCACAGGGAAGCUCCCGGAACAAGCCAUUGACAUAGGUCUGUGAGUCUUCAUCUCUGUGAACCACACCUGCCUGUCCUGCCUGUGUUCCCAAGGGAACUCAGCAUGGAUCCUACCACGAUCAGCCAGGGCCUCCACCUCCCUGACAGCGCUCAGUCCCAAAGGGAGGCAAGGGAUCUGGUGGGAGCCCAGGUCCCCAUAUCUGAGGCAGGGGAGGAGGAGGCCACUGCCACCACCUCGGGGUGUGUGUCCCUUGGAGGAAUGCUGAGUUCUCCCCACAGUGCUCAGAGAGCCUCCUCUUCUCCCACCGCCAUGGGCUUCAUUGCAGUGGCACCAUCUGCUCAGGCCUCUGGCAAUCAAUCUAGCCAUGUGGCUAACCCCGAGUCUCCACUGCAGAAUGGGCUCAAUAACAAGAUCGUGGAUUUGGUUCUCUUCCUGCUCCUCAAGUACAGGAGGAAGGAGAUAGCAACUAGGGCAGAAAUUCUGCACAUGGUCAUCGGAGAUCAUGAGGUACACUAUUCCAUGAUCUUUACGAAGGCCGCUGACUGCAUGCGGCUGAUGUUUGGCCUUGAGAUAAUAGAAAAUAACCCUCUUGGGAACCCCCUUGUCCACUCUUACUCUCUUGUCCAUGCUCUUGGGAUCACCUAUGAUGGGAUGCAGCAUGGUUUCCCAGGCAUACCCAAGACAGGCCUGGUAAUAGUCAUACUGUGCAUCAUCUUCAUAGAGGACGACUGUGUCAGUGAGGAGGUGUUGUGGCGUAUAUUGAAUAGGAUGGGGCUCUAUGCCGGGAGGGAUCAUUUCAUGUGCGGGGAGCCCAGGAGACUCAUCACCGCUCUGUCCAGCAAGCUGGUAUUGGGGAGCAAAAAUAACCACAGCCGGUCAUCCAAUAACCUCCCGGCCUGGCGAGCGGGGAUCCUCAGCGCGCAUGCGCGUUCUGGCUACGGAAGCCGGAAGAAGUGUCAGAGGCGGUUGGUUGCUCGGGUUUCUGCUCGCGGCGGCGUUGGCGACGCGGCUGGCUUUGGCAGCAUGAACCCUCUGUGA